CUCUCGGGGACACUCGCCGAGAGUCUGUAAGUUUGUGUCAGUGUGAUGAGUGAUCACUGAUAGUGUGGACCUGUGAUAAGAUGGCUGGGAGGAUUAUAACACGGUGUGUGAGCAGGGCUUUAGUGGAGUUUGGGUCUGGCGCAAACUGCGUAAAAAGCAGAGGGACAAACCGAAACUACUGGACUGCCCUACGAAGGACUUCCACCGCUCUGACUAGUGGACGGGCUGCAUUCCUGCUGGGGCUCCCUGCACUGUCGUGCCUCGGUUAUGCAGCUUAUCGCAAGGUGCAGAGUUCAGCUGUGGUCUGCGCUUUAGAUAGAGGGGAGGUUUUGGAGCAGGCUGACUACCUGUACAGCUGUGCAGAGACAGAGAAACUCUACCAGCUGCUGGUGCAGUACAAAGACAGCAACGAUGCAGAGUUCCUGUGGAGAUUGGCCCGGGCUUCUCGGGACCUGUCCCUCCUGCCCAACAUCGAGGCCGGGCGGAAGAAGCAGCUCACGUUUGAGGCCUUUGAGUACGCCAAAAAGGCCCUGGAGAAAGAUGACCUGUGCUCUGCAGCUCACAAGUGGUAUGCCGUGUGUCUCAGCGACGUCGGGGAUUAUGAGGGUGUCAAGGUUAAAAUUGGAAAUUCGUACAUCAUCAGGGAUCAUCUAGAGAGAGCCAUCGAGCUCAACCCUAAAGAUGCCACUUCCAUACACAUUUUGGGUUACUGGUGCUUUGCUUUUGCUGAGCUGCCGUGGUAUCAGCGCAAGGUGGCAGCUGUAAUAUUCUCAUCACCACCCGAGUCUACAUACGAGGAGGCUUUGGCGUUUUUCCUAAAAGCUGAGGAAGUCGAUCCAAACUUCUACAGCAAGAACCUGCUGAUGCUCGGAAAGACUUAUUUAGCCAUGAAAGACAAGGAGAAAGCACUGCUGUGGCUGACCAAAACAAAGGAAUACCCUGCUCACACGCUGGAAGACAAAGAGGUCCACAAGGAAGCUGUGGAUCUCCUGAAGAAGCUGGGAUGAAGCUCGGUGAAACAUGAUGCCCCUCUGGACCCUUAACAGCUGCUAACAAGACUGUUUCCUAAAGAUUUUCUACUUCAUUAUUAACUAUAAAAACCGAACAGUUUCCGGCUUUGCACACAGAAAUCACACAUGCCUUCAAGAAAUAAUAAAACAGUGUCCUGUC